UUAUUUACAGGGUGCCUAAAGCACAACUAACUUUUUGAAAAACAAACUAACUAUGACAAUAAACAAACUUUUUUCAGCUGAUGUUUAUUUCUGGGAUAACUAACUAACUAACUAAGUAAGUAACUAAAUCGAUACCUAGCUAACUAGAUAGUUAGCUAGCUAGCUAGCUAACUAACUAACUGGAUAAACAAGCGUGUCUAAUAUAAUAACCAACUAACGAAUAAAUAAAAUAAAAUAAAAUAAAAUGAUAAAAUACUUUGGUUCCCAUGUCGGAACCAAAAGUGUGGUGGUUCUUGUUUCCCGCACGUACCCGACCUUGGUUGCUAAGUAACCUCUGCUGGAGGCAGUCAGCUGCAGCUGCUGCCUAGGAUGCUAAAGACAGCAGCAGCCACAGAACAGGUGGAGCCUGAGCCCCAGACGGAAGCAGGAUCAUGGAGGACGGCACGGACGUGUCCCUGAGCAUCGCUCAGAUCGUGCAGCGCCUCCGAGGAAGCCAUUUACACUCCCAGCUGGAGAGGCAAGCUAAAGACUGUUUACAUCGACCCGAGAUCAAAUUGGAGUCUUUAAAAGAGGAUGUGCGCAGUUUCCUCAGAGCUUCCGGUUGGGAGAAAAGGCUGCAGAAUGCUGUUUACAGAGAGCUGCAUGUCCAGCUGCCUCAGUGCCAUCCCACGGCUCCCGCGGAGCAUCUCAAAGAGCCGCUGGCCUACAUGCGCAAAGCGCAGGCCAGUUGGGAGAAGCGGGUUCUCAAAAGCCUGAACAGCAUGAGCACGGAACUCGGAGUGCCUCUGGCUCGCAUGAGGCCAGCAGGCGAGCAGAAGGAUCUCACCAACAAGUGGAACGAGAUGGGCACAGACGAACCAGAUUUGAGUCGCUUCAGGCCUGUUUAUGCCCCUAAAGACUUCCUGGAGGUUUUAAUCAGUCUGAGGAACCCCAACCACGACAGCAGUGAGGACAUGACCGUCAAGAGCCACUGGGGUCUUAUCCAGGUUCCUCUCAACAUCAGAGACAUCCCACAGCUGCGUCAGGCAUACUCGGAACUGAACCUGAACAACGGGCAGCUGGGGAUCGACGACCACGCGCACGUCCAUCCAGACCUCUUUGAAAACAACUAUGUCCACAUUGGAAAAAAAGUGGUGGUGGAGCAGGACAGCGCCGCGGCACAGCAGUACAGCAGGCGGGGCUGCCCCACUGGACUUCGCUCGGACCUGUGGGCUCUCAUCCUGAACUCCACCAACCAGCCGCAGGAUGUGAUGCAUUACGAGCAGCUAAAGGCCGGAGUAAUACAACACGACCUGCUGGUAGAUUACCUUAUAUACAAGGACGUGAAGCUCACCGCCAGCAACGAUGACUACUACUUUGUGUUUGAGGAUUUUCUCUAUCAGGUGCUUCUGUGUUUCUCCCGAGAUACCGCCGUCUUGGAGCACUUCAAAUACAACAGCGCCACACCUCCCAAGUCCUACGUCCACGGAAAAGUGGGAAACGAAGAGUUUGCCGUUCUUUAUCCUCCUAAUGGGGUGAUACCUUUCCAUGGCUUCUCCAUGUACGUGGCACCUCUAUGCUUCCUGUACAACGAGCCAUCCAAAUUGUACAGCGUCUUCAGGGAGAUGUACAUCCGCUACUUCUUCAGAUUGCACUCCAUCUCCUCCUCUCCCUCCGGAAUCGUGGCUUUGUGUUUGCAGUUCGAGCGGCUGCUGCAGGCUCACCUGCCGCAACUCUUCUACCACCUUCGACAGAUCGAGGCACAGCCGCUGCGGAUCGCCUUUAAGUGGAUGGUACGGGCCUUCUCUGGUUACCUCUCAACCGAUCAGCUGCUUCUGCUCUGGGAUCGAAUCCUGGGAUACGAUUCGCUGGAAGUGGUUGCAGUCCUUGCAGCUGCUGUGUUUGCCUUCCGAGCUGAAAACCUGAUGGAAGUGACUUCGCUCGCUUCAGCCGAGGCUGUCCUCGCUGACCUUUCCACGCUGAAGGUUAUGCCGCUCAUCCAGAUCUUUCUGUUCGCCACGGCCAUCUGACAACGGACGACCGAAGCCCCCAAACCAAGCUAAGCAUGGCUUAAUGAGUAAAAAAAUAACCUAAAUCAGA